UGUUCACCACCGGGCAACCCCGUCGCACAUCCCGCCGCCGCGCCGCCAUGGAGGACGCCGAGGCUAAGAAACCCACCUCCCCCUCCUCCCUCUUCUCCUUCUCCAACGCUUCCUUCGGCUUCGGCUUCGACGCCGCCCCCGGCCCUCCUCCUCCGCCCCCGCCGCCAGCCGUCGAGGUCCUCCUCUCCGAGGAAUCACCCGUGGCGGCCAGCAACGUGGAGCCUCUGGUGGUCGACGACUCCCUGUCGAUUUACAAGGGGAGAGUGAACACAUGUGAUGUUUUUGGGGUAAAAAACUCUGAUUUAGUCCCAGGAAAAUAUGAAGGUGGGUUGAAGCUGUGGGAAGGUUCAUUAGACUUGGUAAAGACCCUAAAUUCAGACAUCAAAGAUGACCGAUUGCUUGUAGAAGGCAAGCAAGUACUAGAAGGAUGUGGACAUGGCCUUCCUGGCAUCUUUGCAGGUCUCAAGGGUGCUGGUCUAGUUCACUUCCAAGAUUUCAAUGCUGAGGUCCUUAGGUGCCUCACCAUCCCAAAUGUUAAAGCUAAUCUGUUCAAGGAAUCAUCUCAAGGAACACGUACAUCUCAGAGUGUUGGUUUUUAUGCUGGUGACUGGAGUGAAAUCGACAAGUUACUUCUUUGUGGAGAUGCUGUCCAUGAUAAAACAACCAACCACCACAAAGGAAAUGAAGGGUCUAGUGGCUACGAUAUCAUCCUGAUGGCUGAGACUGUUUAUGCAUUGGAUUCACUUCCUAGUCUCUACCAUCUGAUCAAGAAGUGCUUACGCUACCCUGGUGGUGUGGUUUACAUGGCAGGAAAGAAGCAUUACUUUGGUGUAGGUGGUGGCACAAGGCAAUUUCUACGCUUGGUUACAGAAGAUGGCGCCAUGCAAUCAGACCUGCUCGCUGAAGUUACUGAUGGAUCAUCCAAUGUUAGGGAGGUUUGGAAAUUCUCGUUCAAGUAGACUAGCAUAGUAUUUGUGGUUGUUGUAUCAAAUACAAACAUGUGCUGGGCUCUAUACUGGUAGAAUGUGAGCCUUAGUUUAGCUGUUUCAUGUUGUGUUAAUCAACUGUUACAGUUUACUGAGAGGUCAUAGAUGUAUUUGUUCAUGGAGUCUUGUCUCUGGAUUACAAUCAUUAAACAUGUGUACCAUUUUCUUCUGAUAUGUUAAUUCUCCA